GCGCGAAUAUCAAAUCCUUGCAUUCCUGUACAUUUUAAAGUAAACAAAAUAAAAAAUCUCAAUUUUCUUAAGAUAACUAAUUAAAUUAUUAAACAAUUACCAUUAAACCGUCAUCAUGACACACUUGACCUUGCAAGUGGAAACAUUAUCCGUCCAACUCAACAUCCUCCAAGAGUUUAUCGAGCUUAAAUUUGGAUUAGACUUUAAAGAGUUUCAAAAUUUCAAGCAAACCCAUCCCUCCGGGGGAAUUGUUCUCGUCAAGAAAAAUAACAUCCAUCAAAUUCAAGAUGAUACAGAAGUAGUUACAAAAACAGAACAUUUUACUGAUGACACGUUUGCUGAGGACAAUUUUGAGGACAUUAUCAACCCCGAGAAUCCCUAUGAAAGAAUACGUUUUAAAAAUAUUGCCAGGAUAUCGGAACCUGCAACGACGUCUCAAAUAGAAGAACAGCUUAGAGCGAGAGGGAUAAACUGGGACAAUGAUGACGACGAGGAACUAGACGAUAACCGUGACGACGACGACUACCACGAAGACGGAGGGUCAAGUCUUCCAAUUACAAACGUAGCUAAUUUUACCGGUAAUCCACAGAAUUAUAAAAGAAAAACGAAUCCGAACCGGAAGUUAGUACCGAGUCGGACACGACAAGAAGAAAUCCUGCAGAGAAAGAGGUCAUCGAUUAUUCAAUCUGCCAACCAAAUUACUACCGACUACGACGACGCCGCGACCUACAUUCCGGAAAAGAAGAGGGCAAAAAUUUACGGCUAUUUCGACUGGGAUGAGACGUUAAGGAAAUACAUUUGCAAGCGCUGCCAAAAAUCGUACCGCUGUCCCCGAGGGGGUGGAACAGGCUCGCUUCACAACCACUUAAGGACACACGCCGAUCUGAACAGAGAGCUAAAAAAUAAUGAUACCUUGCCACAAAUCAUGACCACAAUCUCGCUAACGGGAGGACAAAGAUGAUAAAAUAUAAAAAGAAAGCAUACGAAAAUUCUAAAAUCGGAGUUUAAAGUAUUUAUUUACUUGUUAAAAACUGCAAAUUUGUUUCACAACGAGUCAUUAAUAAUUAUUGUUCAUUAAUCCAAUAAUACAUUUUUUUGCAAAAAUGAACAUUUGACAUAAAUUUAUUUGAUGUAUGAAAUAAUAAGGCAAUUAACGUAGGAUUGUAAGAUCCAUAAUUAUGUAAACUUACAAAAUUUUACAAAUAUUUCGGGGAAAAAUUAGCUUACAAAUUUUUGUAAACUUGCUCAGAUCAAGGGCGUCUCUUCAUUUCAUAAAAUUUUGUAAAAGUUUGUAAAACUACAAAAGUUACCGAUUUUACAGUUACAAAUGAUUGCGUGAAUUGCUUUCAUUUCUGUCAAUACAAGUUUACACAGUUUGCGAAAUGGUGGUUAAAUAUGUUACGAUAAAACCAAUAAAGCCAUGUCAUAUUUUUGCAGCGACAUAUCUAAAUCUAAAA